UAUGGGUCAAACAUGCGGCACCGAAUGAGCAACCAUGAUCUGCAUGUUAGCGGCCGCGCGCUCACUAUCAACAUGGUGCGAGACCUCGAGACCGCCGCCGUCCGGGUAGUGGAUGAUCGGUCGGUCCGGAUCGACCGUUCAGUUCUGGUGGAGUCGUCGCUACACGCACAAGCGCAGCACAGCGCACCAGCGGAGUUUGUUUCUGCUAGGGGGGAAGGUUUUUUGCCUUACGCAAAAGGAUUCGCGUUCAGUUCCGUGCGCGAACUCAAGCCGAGAAUGGCACUGUCUAGCUGUGGUGUGCGAGUUGGCGCGUAAGAACAAACCUCUAUUCGGUGAUGCGUUCCAGAUCUCGUCUCGCGAGUGUGCGCUUCCAUAAGGUUUUAUCUGUGAUUUGUGUGUGUGUCUAGUUUUUGUGAGUGACAGAAACGUGAUUGUGAGAAUUAUAUAUUUUGUAAUUAUAAGUUAAAAAAAAAGCUCGUCAACAUGACACCAUCCAGUACCCUGUGCGUGAUUUCGCUGUGGAGUGUCAGUGUGCUGAUCCUGCUGCUGGGCGGGUGUGAUCGGACCGCUGCCAACUUUAUCACCUACGUGGACGAUUCGGGCGAAACUGUGCCGGAAGACUAUGUGCUGGACACGACGCACGGGCGCAAGAAGGUCCGCCCGCAGGACUACAACGAUGCGCUCGAUCGGUUGAUUGCGGAUGCGCUCAACCAGACGGUGCCGCGGUCGAACGAGACCUCGUCCGAGGAGCUGGGAUCCAGCUCGGCCGAGCAGAGCGUCGCCUGCAUCGGCAGCCGACAGCCAUUGCACAUCGACGCGCUGGACAGGCUGACCGUGCGCAAGUGCUGCCCGAAGGGCCAAUCGUUCCACCGUCUAAGCAUAACCACCUGCCACCCGAUGGAUGUGCACGAUCACAUAACCCGCUUCACGCUGCUGGCCCGCCAGCUAAAGUACUACGGUCCCGGGUGUCACGAGUACGGCAAGUACCUGCGCUACAACACGUCGAUCGACAAGACGUGCGUCGGGCAGAGGUUGAUCUUUAACGAUCGUGGCACGCAGAUGCUGCUGAUCCAGAACGGCUCACUGCUGGUGACGCGCGGCGAUCGGGUCGAGUUUUACGAUGACUUCUGCGUGGAGGAGACGGGCAAUAUGGUGCUGGCGGCCCACAUCUGUGACGCGCCGGGUGGCAGCCACGGGGACGAUCUGUUCUCCGGGUGGUUGGGCACGGUGAUGAUAGUGCUGGCGCUGGUCGCCUCGGCCAUUACCGUGCUGGCGUACGCGUUCGAUCGCACCUUGCCCCACCGGUACGGGCCACUGAUUGCGAGUCAUGCAGGGCUGUUGGCGGGUGCGAUACUGCUCGAACUGCUACUAACGGCACUGCAUCAAGAACAUUACCGGCCCGCGGUUGACAUGCUGGUAGAGAUCUCGUACGCCAUCUUCGUGAUCUUCAGUGCAAUGCUGUUCUUCUCCUCGGCCACCGGUACUACCAGCAUCAACUAUCGCCUGCUACUAGUAGCCGUAUUCUUCAUAUCCUCCUGCUCGCUCGUUGCUGUCGCACUGACGUUCUACUCCGAGCGUGUCCUCCUGAUGGCAGUGCUGUCCAGCCUGCUCGUGGCGUUAAUCAUCUGCGCCGCCAACGUGUACACCUCCUUCGGGCGCAAUCAUCUCGGGUUUAACAGUAGCGAGAACCCGUUCGAGAUUAUCAACGAGGGCAGCACGGCCAAGCGCAUGGAUCAGCGGAAGGAACUCACGGUCGUAUCGACGUUCGCUUGUGCCACCCAGAUCAUCGUCUGGAUCCCGUACUCGAUGGGCAAGUACACGCUCCUGUCCGUGCUGGCCUGGAACGCGAUCAUCAUCUUCGUCGUGUUCGUGGGCCUCCGGCGACGUUCGAUCGGGCUGUGCAACGUUGGCCAGCGGGUGAAGCUGCAGCGCCCGGGACAGGUGUCGAUCAGCUCACCGUACGCCGACCAUCAGAUGCCGCACGAUACGCAAACCGUCCUGCCGCCGGACGACGAAAUUGAGGCAGAAAAUGAGCUGCGCGUGGUGUAGC